GGUCAAUAUAUCGACCAUCACCUCUUUUCAACCACCCCUUAUAUAACAUGCUUAUCCCCCAUUAGAAAAUGCUCAUGAUGAAGUCUCUACUGCCAAAAUCCCUCGCCAAUUUGAGACCGCCAGUCUCGCUAUUCCAGCCCGUAAGCACAAGGUGGCUGCUAUCGCAGGUCUUGAAUAAGCGGCUUAUUGCUUAUGUUAAGGACUUCACUAGCCCAUUCCUUUUCAGAAAACUCUCUUCAUUGCUCGGACGUCACAAGUCGCACUGGAAUUCUUGAGUAUACGAUGGCUACUGUAGAGGAAACGCCGCUGAUGUUAACUCGUGCCAUUGAGUUUUUCCGCUGCGUGACAUUUGGCUGCACUUCUAAGCCCUUUCCAACAAGAGCCAACCUGACCCGGCACAUAACAGCUGUGCACGGGCCACCAACCAAGAUGCCCUGUGGAAAGUUUCUACGCAGUCACUCUUCCAACGUUCGACGCCACCAGCAGAGGUGUUCUGUGUGCCUCUUAACCUACCCCCCAAACCUUCCGGCUCCGGAAGAGAGUCAUGCCAUGCCUAGACGCCGUCGUUCCCAACGUCUCAGUCGCAAUGUGCAACAAGUCACCGUAGACAACGGAAUCCCAGCUCAGGACGAGCCGUCGGGUUAUGUCAUCCCUGAUGACCUCUACCUCCAAGCCGCGGACGACGGCACACGAGACACUUCCUACGAAGACAACUUUGCAACAUCUUUCUCAGACCCAUUGCUGGACACAACUUUUGCCAACACAGGAACGUCUCCGGGCGAUAACUACACCUUCAACGGCAUGGAAACUUGGGACGAAGUACUUGUCUCCGUCUCCCCGCAUGAUCCUAGCGCCGAGUAUCUCCACUAGGAUCACCUGGGCUGCCUUGUCCAUUACCUAAGGUACUUGAGGUACCUAAAAAUAGCUUUCAAAGACGGAGACUGGAAUCACUUGGAUAGCCUUAUGUUUGACAUGGUGACUGGCCAGCUCCUUUGGGAAUGGUUUGGCAGUCGCCUGAAGCCAUCGCAGGUGGAGGGUGUGAGUGUGGGAAGUCAGCGGCGUAAUGACCGACGCAUUAAGGUACAUAUGUGCUGCUGCUGCCCCAUUCAAAUCCACGACAACCCA